GUUUUAUUAUAAUGAAGUGCUAGAGUGUGGAAAAGUGAAGUCUGGUUAUAGUGAAUGGAGAUGAAUCCCCCGGUGGAUUAUGACUCUACUGAAGAUGGCAUUUCCAAAGUAAACGCGAGAGUAGACAAGUAUGGAUUUCAGCAUUCUGAAGAUUUUAACCAUGAAUCCUAUGAGGAAAUGAUGUCUGAGUAUUUACCAGUGCUUGCUAGAAGAUCAGAAAAAUGGUCAAGGCUUUUAAAAGAAAACACUAAAGUGGAUAAGAAUCUGAAAGUGAAGAGAUAUGUGAGGAAAGGAGUCCCCAGCAAACACCGUACUCUGAUCUGGAUGGCUGCCAGUGGAGCCCAGCAGCAUCUGCAGAUGAACUGUGGUUAUUACAAUUCUCUCCUGAACAUUCAUCAUGACCCCACGCUGGAAGAGACAAUACGCACUGACUUGCACAGAACUUUCCCAGACAACAUUCAGUUCCACGACUCCUCCCAGCCUUGUUUACUGAAGGCUCUGUUUAAUGUUCUUGUGGCAUAUGGACACCAUAACAAGGAUGUUGGAUACUGUCAGGGAAUGAACUUUAUUGCAGGAUACCUCCUUAUCAUAACUAAAGAUGAAGAAAAGUCCUUCUGGUUAAUGGAUGCUUUGCUGGGUAGAAUCUUACCUGAUUACUACACACCAGCCAUGCUGGGACUAAAGACAGACCAGGAAGUCCUUGGAGAGUUGGUGAAGACUAAGGUGCCUGCAGUGUGGCAGACUAUGACUCAACACAAUGUGAUGUGGGACCUGGUGGUCUCAAAGUGGUUUAUUUGCCUUUACAUUGAUGUUCUUCCUGUGGAGACAGUGCUGCGAAUAUGGGAUUGCCUGUUCUAUGAGGGCUCCAAGAUCCUAUUCCGUGUGGCCCUCACAUUGAUUCGUCAUCAUCAGAAACUAAUCCUACAGGCGCAAAAUUUUCCAGACAUCUGUGAGCAUUUCAAACAGAUCACGCAUGGGGAGUUUGUGGAGAACUGUCAUGCAUUCAUGCAGAAUAUCUUUACGGAGCCUGGGAGUCUCUCCAUGGCAACAAUCACUAAACUCAGAGAAAUAUGUCGAGAACGCAUACAAGCUCAGGAUUCUGGACGAUAAUGGUGAUAACAAUAUUGUAUAUUCACUCCACAAAGGACAGUGUGAAUGUGGAUAGUGUGUUGGACCAAAUUCAACAUGAAAAAUCUCACAGGUCUUUCUUUUCUUACUUUCUUUUUUAAAUCAUAUUUUUGUUAAAAAAAAAAUUAUGUAAGAAUGUACUAUGAACAAUGAUUUUAUAUCUUUCUACACAGUGGCUUGCGUAAGUAUCCCCCUUCAACUUUUCCACAUUUUGUAGUGUUAUAACCUGUAAACGAAACUGACUUAAUUGGGAUUAUAUGUCAUGAAUCAACAGAAAAAAAAAUAAGGCAGAAUAGUUUGCAAAAUUAUUUACAAAUGAAAUUAAUAAAAAAAAAUUUUUUUUUUUACUAUUUUCAUGGGUUGUAAUUGUGUAAGUACUCGCCCUCAUUGCUGUGAAAUUUGUUUCUGGUGAAACCAGUUGCCAUCAAAAGUCACAUAAUUAGUUGCAUAAAGUCGACCUGUGUGCAAUUGAAGUGUCGCAUGAUCGCAAUAUAAAUACACCAGUUCCCGGAAGGCCCCAGAAUUUGUUAGAGAGCAUACCAAAACAAACAGCAUCAUGAAGACCAACAAGCUAUUAAACCACUUGGGACAAGGUUCUAGAAAAUAAUCAACCUUAAUUUGUUUAUAAAAAAUAUCUCAAACUUUGAACAGGCCACAGAGCACCAUUAAAUUCAUUUUUGAAAAAUAGAAAGAAUAUGGCACAACCAUGACCCUGUCUGAAGGAGGCCAUCCAGCAAAAGUCAGUGACCAAAGGAGGGCAUUAGUCAGAGAAGCAACCAAGAGGCCAGGGGUAACAGUCAACAUGAUGCUACCACCACCAUGUCUCACUGUGAGGAUGACGUUCUCAGCAUGAUGAGCAAUGUUGGGUUUCUGCCAAAUGUAGUACUUUUUGCUAAGGCCAAAAUGUUGAAUUUUGGUAUGAUCAGACCAGAGAACUUUUUUCCAUGUUUGCUGAGUUUCCAACUGAGUGUCUUGAAAAACUCCAAAUUCAUCCAUUUGGUACCUCUUCCAUACAACCCAGCUUUGUGGAGUGUCUUUACAGUUUUUAAUAAUGGAUUUAAUAGUGCUCCCUAGGAUGUUCAAAGUUUCAGAUUAUAUAUGUACAAGGGUGGACUCUGUUACUAACUAAUAAUGUGAUUUCUAUUGGCAACCGGUUACACCAUAAAUAAUUUAAGGGUUUCACAGAAACCUGGGUGAAUACUUAUGCAAACACAACUAACAUUUUCUAUUUGUAAAUAACUUUGCAUAAAUAACUUUAUAUUGAAUCUCCUUUAAAUAUUAUGAGUGAUUUUGUGUAGAUUCAUGAUAUGUAAUUCCAUUAUGUCCAUUUCAGUUACAGGUUGUAACUUUAUAAAAUGUGUAAAUGUUCAAGGGGAGUGAAUACUUACACAGUGCACUGUACAUGAUAAAGAGAUGACAUGACACCAAUCAACCACUUUUUUCCCUUUUAUUUGUCAUUGCAUUUAUAUAUAAUCUACUGUUAUACAACACCUGCAAGAUAUGGAUUGCAACACAUCAUCCUCAUUCAAAAUACACUAUGCCAAAGCAUUUCACACUAAGGCCAAGUUGCAAAUAAAAACACCAUUAACACAUCA